GACAGCACAUGUGACAAUUAAAAACUGUCAUAAAUAGAAGAAACCUUUGGAAAAAACUGAUUGAAAUUUCUCUUACAAACUUAAUUUUUAAAAAGUGCCUAUUUCAGUUGUUUAUUUUAAUAAGGUAAUUUUACUCAUGUUAAAAACUAUCACGUACAACUGCUUUAAGACCCUGAAACCAAUCCCUUCAACUUUAAAAGCCUCGAACUUCGUUAGAGUUAUGUCGUCUGCUUCCAGCAUACCUUUAGUGGAUAUCGAUCCUAGCGGCGUAUUUAAAUAUAUAUUAAUACAUGUAUAUGACAAAGAUAAAAAUGAAGCAGAGCCUCAGACGACGAUCGUGAGAGGAUACAAAAGAUGUAACUACCAUGCUGAUAUUUUUGAUGAAGUCCAAGAAAAACUCACACCUUUAGACUGUGAACCUUUAGGCGGUGGCAGAAUAUCUCACGAUCCUGAAAAUAAGAAAAUUCAUAUCUAUGGCUAUUCUCAGGGAUAUGGUAAAGCAGACCAUGAAAUAACAGCUAAACUAGUCAAAGAUGCAUAUCCUGGUUACACAAUAACUAUAAGUGAUGAAGGGUACUGAGCAAAAAAAGACUUAAUCAUUAUAUCGUAUUUUUUUGUCCAACCGGUAAAAAAGUUUCAUUAUGUUGUUUGUUAAAAUGUAUUUUUCAUUUCCAGUGAACCAAUAUGUACAUGUGAAUACUAAAUAUGCCCCACAUGUAUGUCCACAUUAAACUAUGUGCUUUUAUAAAUAAUUUAUGCCUUCAGAUUUUCUUAUUCUUUUAUCUAAUGUAUUUAAAAUUUUACGUCCAAGUGAUUAAAUAAAUAUUACUUUUUUUUU